AUUGUUUUGCGUGUAGAUAACCAUAAAAAAAAAAACAAAAAUACAAAUAAACCCUCGAAUUAUUCGCUCUUUAUGAUAUCAGACACCAAGAAAAAUCCCCUGCUCAGGAAGCCAUGCAAGGCUCCUCGUCGGGGUCUUGCUCAGAUGAAUAUCCCUGCUCCUGCCGAGGUGGACUUAAAUGGUGGGAAACGUGGCUAAUGAGGAUGCAUGCACCUGCAAUCCCAAUAGCUGGAAACCCACAAGGGACAGUUCUCUCCUGGGAGGCGGUCAGGACAGCAAUCUGCUAGGGAUACAUCCCGGUAAGAAUAGGAAGACUCGGGCUGAACAGAGGUCCUUGGAAGAGAAGAAACAAAAGGUGGUUGAACAGGCUCAACCUGGGGACGCUGAACAGCUGAUGUCUCCCCCAACCUCCGUGCAAGGUGCUUCUGGUCGCACCAAUACAAUCAGGAGGCCCUUGAUCCUUCCCCAAGUAGAGUACGACGAAAGAUUCUCCUUCCAUGACGAGAUGAACCCAUUAGCUGCUAGGAAGUUCAUCAAAUCAACCCAUCUAACAGGAAAACACAUCUUAAUCAUCAUUUCUCUUGGAGAACUCCACUUUGCCAUAAACUUUUAUCUCCUCGAAGAUUUUCUCAUUGCACUAUAGGGUCUUUCGGACAAGGUUAAAGAUGUGAACCAGUUAAUUGUGUUUCUACUGUAAUCACUUAAUACAAUCAAGGGAAUCACUCUAAGGACUAA